CUGCCAUUCUGCUCAUCGUCCCUCCCAGAUCUCAGUUUCCCUUCCAUCUCCCACCUUCAGCGGUAGGUGACGGAUCUAGGAUCCACCUCUCUCAAUCGUGUAGUAUUCCCCGGCAUCUUCUGCAGCCCUCUAGUAUACUUGCUACCGCAGGCUGUAUCUACCGCUAGAGAAUGGCUUCAGGAGAAGAUAUCCCGGCGGUUGCGGAAGACAACUCUCAGAUCGACGCAAUCGAAGCUCCAGACGCCGGAAAUUCAUCCACUGACAUUGCCGAUUCAGCUGCCCUGGAAUCCGCCAACACGGGCGACGACCUAUCGAACGCAUCGGGAUUCGAACCCGCGAUCGGUCCCGAUGGAGCCGAUUCCGGCUUUGCCCCAGCGGACGUUCCGGAGCUCGCGGCGGUCCCGGAGAUGGGGGCGGAGCCGGUAAAGACACAUCGCGAGUUUUAUUUCAUCAGAAUUCCGCGCCCGGACCUGUCGGCGGAGAUCGGCAAGAUCAAGGCGGUGGAGCAGCGCGUGAAGGAGAAGCGCGACAAGCAGCAGGCCGUUAGCGCCGCCCUCCGCGCCAAGAAGGCGCAAUGGUCGGAGGCCUUCGAGGCGCUCAAGGCGGCGCGGGCGCGCGCGCGCGGGUGUUCGCAGGACGUGCGGAGCAAGUUCGACGAGGCGAAGCCGCUGCAGGGCGUGCUGCGCAAGAUGAACGAGAGCAAGGCCACCGCGCGCGACCGCGGCCGCGGACUCGAGUGCACCUCGGAGGCGCAGCUGAACGCGCUGAUCGCGGCGACGGAGCACCGCAUGCAGCACGAGACGAUCUCGCUCAAGGAGGAGAAGCAGCUGAUGAAGGAGCUCAAGGAGCUCGAGGCGUCGCGCCCCAAGGUCAAGGAGAUGGAGGCGCUGACCGCGUCGUUCGCGGAGAGCCAGGGGCAGCGCGACUCCAUCCAGGAGCGCCUCAAGCCCAUCAUGGCGGAGGUGGACGUGCUGAAGCUGGAGCGCGACGCGGCGCAGAAGAUCUGCGAGACGCUCGAGGCGGAGGCGGCGGCGCUGGACGCGGAGGUGCAGGCGCUGUUCGGGGAGCGCGCCAAGGCGCAGCUGGACGCUGAUAAGGUUUACGACGAGCUGAGGGCUGCCCGCGCCGCCACAAACAAGAAGGACGAGGAUUUCCGCCAGUACCGCGCGGACCUGGCGACGAUCCAGGAGCUGGCGGCGAAGAAGGACGUGGCGGCGCUGGAGGCGUUCUGCGAGCAGCAGAGGGAGCGCACGCACGCUCGCCUCAACACCGACAGCGCGUACCGCACUGCGUACGUCGAGGCGAACCGCUACAGCACCAUCCGCCGCUUCCGCUCGCUCGACACGCGCAGGCUCGGCGUGGACGAGGACCCCGCGAACCAGCUCGACGUGCCGUCCCGAACCUACGCGCCAGCCUCGGCGCCCGCAGCUUCGGCGGCCGCUGCUGGGGAGGCGAGGGUGGGGAGUGGGGCGGAGAAGAAGGGGAAGGGGGGAGGGGAGAAGGAGAGUGGGAAGCCGAGUGGGGGGGAGAAGGGGGCAGGGGGGAAGGGGAAGGGGGAGGCGGGGGCGGGGGCAGGGAAGGGGGGACGGGGGGCAGGGGCAGCAGCUGCUGGGGAGGUUGGGGAAGGGGAAUGGGGGGGAGAGAAGGGGGAGGGGAAGGCGGGUAAGGAGAACGGAGUAGUGGUUAAGGCACCGGAGGUGCAAGUGGAGGAGGUGGACGAGGAGGCGGAGAGGGAGAGGCGGCGGGAGGAGGCGAUGAGGAAGGCCAAGGAGGCGGAGGUCAGAAAGGCGAAGCUGGCCGAGAAGGCGCAGAAGAGAGCUGAGGCGCGCGCCGCCAAGGAGGCAGAGGCGCUCGCCAAGAGACGCGAGAAGGAGCGGGAGAAGCGUGCACGCAAGAAGGCAGCAGCAGCGGGGGUGCCAUACGUUGAAGGGGCAGCAGAGGCACCAGCAGAAGGGGACGCCCCUGACGACGCCAACACCGGCGACGAGGCCUCAGCUGCAGAGGAAUCCAGCGCUGCUGCUGCUGCUCCUGAUGGCACGGCGUGGGAGAAGGAGGCGGGUCUGUCGAGGCGGGAGCAGCGCAGGCGACAGGCGCUGGUGGCGCUGAGGAAGAAGAAGAGCGGAUGGCUCAGUGGGAACGUGCUGUGGGCCGUGGGGGGGCUGGCUGCUGUUAUCCUCGUUAUAGUCAUUGCUUACUUUGUGCAGCAGGCACUGUAUCCGGCACAGCCCAUCUUCGAGGCCGAGAGCUAGGCUCAGAGAACUCAACACAGAGAACUAGAUACUGCUCAAUGCAGCAGAUGCUGCAGCUGUUGCUCUGCCGUAAGUGCUUACCACAUGUAUCCACUUGCAAAACAGCCACAUUGGUUGUCCUGUUGCUCUUCCAUGGCUGGAGCUGCACCCUAUGCACCACCCAGGGCCCUUUCCAGACAGCAGGAUGGCUAUUCUGGGGGUAACAUGUGGAAUGCUAUGCUGGGCUGGAAGGAUCAGUCUAGAAGUAUUUUGUUUGGACUGCUGGCUUCCUCAUUGCUUUGCUAUCCUAGCAUAUUUCGUGGCGGACUAUUCCGGUUGGCGAUAUCGUACAGCCUGUCAAGAAUAGGGCGAGCAACCCUGCGAACAACACUAUUGUACAGUAGUAUGCCUGGCCAUUUUGUGGAAUGCAGCACCACAGCUUGGGGUGUAUUCCUAUGCACCAGGAUCAGGAUCAAACUUGCGCAUAACC